AUGGCUGAAAAGGUGGAGAUGCAGCCUGAACCAUUGCUGAAUCUUGAUGACUUGUUGCAAUGUCCAGUUUGCUAUGAAAUCCCAACAGGACAAAUAUUCCAAUGUAAUGAAGGACACCAUGUGUGUGGAAGAUGCAAAAUCCGUCUUGAUGUAUGUCCUGUCUGCCGAGCUUUGUUUUUUGGCACACGCAACUAUGCAAUGGAAGAACUCAUUGCAAAUUUUAGAAAAUUACGAGCAUUUAAGCUAAGUAAAACAACCACAGGUUCAGGCUCCUCAGAGAGUAGUACACCAGCUUGUGAUGCAGGGUCAGGAGAAAAUGAAAAUGAUACAGGUGAAGAUGAAGAAAACAAUCCUAAUUUACCAAAUCAAAUCAUAUUGAGGGCACCACAGGCGUGCAAAGGUCUUUUUCGCUGUCUCUGUUGCAAAAAUGGAAAUGCUGAACGACUACCCUCUGCACGUUUAUUGAAUCACCUCCGUUAUUUUCAUUCUCCUGAUCUUAUUGAGGGUCAAUCUGAACAUGGGGAGUAUUUACAAGCUUGGCAAUUUCCUACUGCACCUGGCAGAAUUGUAACUGCUGUCCGUGUAUCUGACAUGGGAAUCUUCUUUUUGAUAAUUGAAAUAAGCAGUGAUAGUGUAUGUGCAUGGUUGACAAUGGCUGCUUCACCCUGGGUGGCUCAUGAAUUCAGUUACACUGUGACAAUUUCUGGCAAUGACCGUGAAGCUAUAUUUUCCGACUGUGUUUGGUCAGUAAGAUCUUGUGAAGGUUCCCUUAAAAAAAGAGGUCAUUGCUUAAUAGUCAAUGGAUUGGACGCCAGAGCACUAACGUCGCCAGUAUCCAUAAGUGGAAAAUUAUCUUUAAGGCGUACGCCCCCGGAUCAAUUGGCACAUCAAACUCAACCCCGUGCUGUGAUGAGAGUUGCCAAUCGUGUUAACAAUCGAGAGAAUGUACUACAAGACUUGCAAGAUAAUGUUGCAAGACUUUCACGUGCUUUUGCCUCCUUAGAAGCCAAUUCUUUAGUGCGUUCUGAAGCAGAGAUUCGCACCAGGAUUGAUGACGAUCCCAGUAUAAAUAAUGACGAUGAACAUACUGCUGUUGCAGAAAAUGUAAAUGAAUCUCUAUCUAUGAAUGACCAAUUAAACAAUGCGGGUCAACCGUUGUCCCGCAAUGCUCGUAGACGUAUGCGGCAAAGACUAAGGGCUGCUUUAAACGCGACACAACCACCAGUCACUCAACCACCGCUGCCCACACCGCAAACACGUGCCCCAAUACCUGUUCCUCAUAGGCACAAUGGCUAUAUUGCAACCAGCAUAACUCAACAAGAUCCAGCGCCAAUCACCCCUCCACUAGUUGCUCAACCUCUAUUAACAAAUGGACCGUCUACAUCCACUGGGAAUUCUCAAAAUGGCAACCAGGGUCGUAAAAAUAAGAAAAAGCGUAACCAACGUAGA